CAAGCUUGAUCAUCAUCUUGCUGGCAGGAAACAGUAGCCCAAGUGUCCAACCCAGGAUACAUUUUAAAUAAAUCCAAUUGGUCUGGUUGUCCAAUAGGUUUUUCGGUUUUAUAAAAUAUUAUCCUGGGCUGAUUGUAGUCGUAAAAGUAAAUAAAUGGACCGAUUGAUCUAGGUCGAAUAUGGCGUGGGGUUACUGGAGCGCGACAUCAGUAAAUGAUCGUGGGCGUUCGCCACGUCGUGAAAAGGAUAAACAAUCACAGUAUCAGACGGCCAGUGAAGUUGCUGCUCAGCAGCAACAACUUCAGCAGCAGCAGAGACAAAUUGAAGAACAAACUUUAGAUUUGGAUGACGAACAGAUACCUGGUGGUUUUUAUCCCUAUUCACUGGCUGCUGCAGCAGCUGCUGUUGCUGCUGGAAAACGUACGCCUGCUGCUGAUGGCUCGACUGGUUUGCUCCAGGCUUUGGCUAAAGAUACGGUCACCAUUCAGCCGGGAGUUGGGGUUGGUGUUGGUAUUGGUAUUGGAGUUGGUGUUGGUGGAAGUGCUCCUGGUACAAGCAACUAUCCGCCCUCACCUGGCAGUGAUUCUGCGGAAUAUGAGCAGCCUACUAUUGCUUUGCAUGCUGCUUAUGUUCAGCAGCAUGAUACAAGAGAACACUCGCCUACGGAGUUAGUGUGUCAUUCAGUUACUGGUACUUUGGAUAGACGAUUGAGAAACAUCCGGAUUGAUAACAGUAUUGGUAGCGCUGGUGCCAGUGGAAUUGGUGGUACGGGUGCUAAUGCUCAUGAUGAUGAUGCUACUGAUGUUGAGUUCGAAGAAGAAAUAAUAGUACCGGAAGUUAUUUAUGAAACUACUCCUAGCCGAGCCAGUUUCACUGGUAGUUUAGGCAGUUGCCUGAUUCACGGCAAUCGUAAUCAAUUGCCACCAGAUCCAGGUACUUCUUCAUCAAUGUCGUCUAUUAAUUAUGAUCAGUAUUCUAUUGGACCCAGACCGAAUUAUGCAUCCGAAGUUUGGCUUAAUGAUAUCACAUGGGUCUUUCCGAAUGUACCGCCAGCACCUGGGAUGCCAUGUCAGGGAGAAGACCGAAGGAUAUACAGACGAGGAGCACAACGAUGGAAAAAACUCUACAGAGUUAAUGGUCAUAUUUUUCAAGCUAAACGUUUUAACCGACGCGCAUUCUGCGCACAUUGUCAAGACCGCAUUUGGGGACUGGGACGUCAAGGAUACAAAUGUAUCAUGUGUAAAUUAUUGGUCCACAAAACAUGUCAUAAAGAUUUACGUAAACCCUGUUCAAGUUUACAACAACAAGCCCAAUCACAUGAUCAGCAAUUAAAUGAUCGCAAUGGCGAUCAAGCACAGAUUGAUUCAUCACUACAAUGUAGUCCGAAGGCUCAUUUAGAUGAUGAAACCACUGAACAAACUGUAAUUGAGGAUACUCGUCCACGUAUAAACGAAGAGGGCGAAGAGUUAGCUUUGGAUGUAAUAGCAAAUGCCGACGGUACAAAUGAAUUACAACGUCAAUAUUCAUUAGCUGACUUUGAAUUAAUUCGUGUUAUUGGACGGGGUUCGUACGCAAAAGUCCUUAUGGUCGAAUUGAAACGUACAAAGCGUAUCUACGCAAUGAAAGUAAUUAAAAAGGCCUUGGUAACAGACGAUGAGGAUAUAGAUUGGGUGCAAACCGAAAAGCAUGUUUUUGAAACGGCGUCAAAUCAUCCAUUUUUGGUUGGUCUACACUCGUGUUUCCAGACCCCGUCCCGGCUCUUUUUCGUUAUCGAGUUCGUGCGCGGCGGCGAUCUUAUGUUUCAUAUGCAACGACAACGUCGUCUUCCUGAGGAGCAUGCACGUUUUUACGCUGCUGAAAUAAGUCUUGCCUUAAAUUUUUUACACAAAAAAGGAAUAAUAUAUCGUGACUUGAAACUGGAUAACGUGUUACUGGACCACGAGGGACACGUUAAAUUAACCGACUACGGUAUGUGCAAGGAAGGUGUUCGUGACGGUGAUACCACAGCAACAUUUUGUGGUACACCGAAUUAUAUUGCCCCGGAAAUACUACGUGGUGACGAGUACGGUUUCUCCGUUGAUUGGUGGGCACUUGGUGUUUUAUUGUACGAAAUGUUGGCCGGACGGAGUCCAUUUGAUAUCGCUGGAGCAUCGGAAAAUCCUGAUCAAAACACCGAGGACUACUUGUUCCAAGUAAUUCUGCAGAAAACAAUCCGUAUUCCGCGUUCUCUAUCAGUCAAAGCAGCUUCUGUUCUCAAAGGAUUCUUGUGUAAGGAACCCAAUGAAAGACUUGGUUGCUCACGCGGUCCGUCUGCCUUUUUGGACAUCGUAGGUCAUCCGUUCUUUAAAGCAAUCGAUUGGGAGAUGUUGGAACAAAAGCAAGUGACGCCACCAUACAAACCGCGCCUGGAUUCAGAUCGAGAUUUAGCAAAUUUCCCGCCCGAAUUUACUGACGAGCCGGUACAUUUAACACCCGACGAUGAGAAAGUGAUAGCGGAAAUAGACCAGACGGAGUUCGAAGGGUUCGAAUACGUAAAUCCCUUGCUGAUGUCUCUCGAAGACUGCGUGUGACAUGAGCCACAAUCAAAUGAUCGAGAGUAUCGACAAGAUUAUCAGCAAGAUUAUCUCACCCGUAAUUAUCAUCAUCAUCAUCAUCAUCAGGAGCAU